AUGCAGUUAAAGAUCUUUUUAAACGAAGUGGGCGGAGCCUGUUUGAUCAGCCCACGGGAGCUGACCAAUCAGAGACCUUUGUGUGGACCAGCGUCCAGCUGCUCUGCUACCAGCCCUCCCGCCAUGACGCCCAUCGCCGUGACGCCCGUCGCCAUGGCGCCCGCCCGGCCUCUGCCCCGCCUCCUGGUCGUCCUGGCGGCGGCCCUGGCGAUGACAUCACUUCCUGCGGCGGCCCUGGGCCCGGAGACCUGCUUCUCCCGCCAGCACCAGGGCGCCGCGGUGAACGCCAGGGCCGCCAUGAGCCGGGAGGGCGUUGCCGCGGAAACCAGGGCGGCGAAGACGGAGAAGGACUGCGUGCUGGCCUGCUGCUCAAUGGAGCUCAGACCAGGAGCCAGGUGCAACAUGGCCGUGUUCAAUUCCCACAAACAGUCCGGAGAUAACUGCACCCUGUUCCACUGUCCCAGUGAGCAGGACUGUCCUCUGAUGAAGGCCCAGGAGGGCGUCAACGCCUACAACAUCUACAAAGGUUUAAGUCAUCCACUCAACCUGAAGCCUUCCACCAUGACGGUCCGCACCUCAACGCUACCUACCACUGGUUUAGCAACCACCACCACACAGGCCCCGCCCACUUCCACCACACAGGCCCCGCCCACCUCCACCACACAGGCCCCGCCCACAACACCUGCGGUUACCUCGCCGGCCUCCACCGUCACCACCACGACAACAACAACGACAUACCACUACGACUACCCCUCCACAAGAUACCACUACUACUACGACUACCCCUCCACAAGAUACCACUACGACUACGACUACCCUUCCACAGGAUACCACUACGACUACGACUACCCUUCCACAAGAUACCACUACGACUACGACUACCCCUCCUCAAGAUACCACUACGACUACGACUACCCCUCCACCUCCUACCACCACUACCCUCCCUUCUGA